CUUGGGGUUUAGGUUGCUGCUGGAUGAAACAUGAAGCGCUGAGUGUGUGCGGCGGAGGGAAAGGCGCUUUCUCGCCACUCGACGUCAGCGCGCGAGCGCGGCUCGGGGCUCGGUGUCACUCAGCCCCGGUUUGUCUCUCACACCGAUAUGGACGCAGAGGAAAACACACGGCGCGUUUAGAGUUUUUUUUUUUUUUGCAAAACAAAAAUCCUUUCCUUCCUACAUGGAUCUUUAUCCAAACCGAGGAGCAUUUCCCGAACCUUUUUUUUUUAAUGUGUGCAAGAAUCGAGGAGUUAAAAACGCGCUCGAGCUCUCAAACCGGUGCUAUAAGUUAUUUCUUACAUAAGAUGCAUGGAAUGGCAAAAAGGAAUAAGCAUAUGGAAACACAUUAGGGAAAGGGUGUUUUUCCACUCAUAAGGAGAGUAGAUUCAGCUCUUGGGAAUACAGAUUUUACAUUUUGCCUGCAGAACGCACAAGUCAUAUACAGUAAUCUGGCAAUGAUGUGCUUUACAAUGGUGUUCUUCACUUCAGUUAAUGUGGCAAUGGGACUGAAAGGCAGCGGUGCGCUUUGGAUGACUCCGGAUGGCUUUGCUGGAAAGCAGAACAUGUCAGUGACCGGGGAAUAGGGGCAACAUUUAGGAUCAUAAUUUGGAUGCAGCAAGGAAACCAACUGAUGCUGCAACAUGUACUUUAUUCAAACAACAUCUUGGGAAAUAAAUAUGUGAGGAUUCGGUUGUGACCAAACCUCAAGACAGGAAAGACACUGGAUGCCAGUGAGAUUAUCAUCGGUCAGACUGUGCUCUUAGUAUUUCGGUUGGAUCCUGCCUGUUAUGAUGCAGUAAUUUCUGGAAGGGGGAAAAAAAACUGGCAGUGAUGGAUUUGAAUUUAACAGUGAUUGACAGUGGUUUGUUGGAGAGUGACCAAUCAACAAGAAUUCUCACCGGCUGCUUCCUGUCUCUCCUCAUUCUUUCCACCCUGCUGGGAAACAUGUUAGUUUGUGCAGCAGUCACCAAAUUCCGUCAUCUUCGCUCCAAAGUCACCAACUUCUUUGUCAUUUCACUGGCCGUGUCAGAUCUAUUGGUCGCCAUCUUGGUCAUGCCUUGGAAGGCUGUAACAGAAAUUGUUGGCUUCUGGCCUUUUGGAUCAUUCUGUGACAUCUGGGUGGCUUUUGAUAUCAUGUGCUCAACAGCAUCUAUCCUCAACCUUUGUGUUAUCAGUGUAGACCGGUACUGGGCCAUUUCCAGCCCAUUCCGUUAUGAGCGAAAGAUGACUCCCAAGGUGGCAUUUGUGAUGAUCAGCACAGCUUGGACACUGUCUGUGCUCAUCUCCUUUAUCCCAGUGCAGCUGAACUGGCACAAGGCCCAGCCAGCAAGCUUCCUGUUGCAGAAUACUUCUCAUGGGGCACCUUUAAUGGACAACUGUGACUCUAGCCUCAACCGAACCUACGCCAUUUCCUCCUCCCUUAUCAGCUUUUACAUCCCAGUGGCCAUCAUGAUUGUGACUUACACACAGAUUUACAGAAUAGCCCAAAAGCAGAUUAAGAGGAUCUCUGCACUGGAGAGGGCUGCUGAAAGCGCCAAGUUCCGGCACAACAGCAUGGGCAGCAACUGCAAUAUGGAAACAGAAAGCUCCUUUAAGAUGUCUUUCAAAAGGGAAACCAAGGUGCUAAAGACUCUGUCUGUGAUAAUGGGAGUAUUUGUGUGUUGCUGGUUGCCGUUCUUUAUCCUUAACUGCAUGGUGCCAUUUUGUGAGCGUGACCUUCCGUGUAUCAGUCCCACCACAUUCGACAUUUUUGUGUGGUUUGGAUGGGCAAACUCUUCUCUCAACCCCAUUAUAUAUGCGUUCAACGCAGACUUCCGCAGAGCUUUCGCCAUUCUAUUGGGCUGCCCUAGGCUUUGUCCAGGUCACAAUGUGAUAGAGACACACAGCCUAAACAAAAAUUGAAAUUGACCUGCUGCAGGGUUCUCUUCCAUGGGGUCAGAGGAUAUUCUUCUUAUGUGAGGGAACCUGCUCUAAAAUGCAGCCUAUUGCACAUUCCCCGGUGCCAGAGCAAUCAUCUGUACAAGAAGGGUGAACGGAUUUGGGAUUACGGCUCUGAGAAGAAAGCCCUCCUGCUGUGCUGGACACCAGUUCUGAUGUUUCUGUUAAGGGGAUAAUCUUUAUGACAGGCAGUGCUCUUGACUCCAAAGACUGAUUGCCUUGAAAUCCUGCAGCUAUGGACUAUUUCAGGCACGAACAAAUCAUACGACUUCAAAGGACUAGGCCUUUAGGAAUUCUGUAUAUCCUUCUUUAUGAACAUGUUUCGAUUACGGGACCUUAAGAAUGACAAUGGACAAUGAAGAAUGUUUAUACGGAAAGGAGAUUAAAUGUGACUGAAACUGUGCAUAAUGAAUAGUCUAGAUAUAAACUGGAAUUGAAAGUAAUGAAUUCCACUGGAAAACCACAGAAUACAAUAGAAAAUGCUUUCUCUUGUGCUCUCUGUAGUUCACUUCCAGUUUUUAAGUUGAACUGUUAAACUAAAAAAAAAAAAAAAGGGCCAAGACUUCACUAGAAAGCAUGGGUGGAUACUCGAAAUGGGUUACCAGGACUUUCAAAGAUAAAAACACAUCAGUGUAAGGUUUAACUUUUGAAAUGAUUUGCUGUUGACAAAUGUCUUAAGGUGGAUUAUAUUUUUUUAAUCAAAUGCAGCAAAGGUUUAUAGGAAGUGUACACAGAGUGGUAUGAGUGACAGAUGUAAUCUCCAUUAGCAUUUCUCUGACAAAUGUGUAACACAUCAUCAAAAGUGAUCAGUUGAAAUAGACCUUUCAUGUAUUUAGGAUUUUGAAUCAUGAACACAACUGCCUAUUUGUCACAGAAGUGUCUAUGUAAUAGUUACCACACAUCAUCAUAUAUGAGUUGCUCAAGCCUAAAAGGUUUCAUUGUUGAUCAGUUAGUAGAAACUAGAUUGUAGCCCUACCAUUUAUACAACAAUAACUUGCAGAGAAAGGUAGUACAUUUAUUUCUUGGUCAGUAAUUGAACAUCAAGGCGAACAUAA